AUGUCUCCCACCGCGUCUCGCCGUGAUGUAAACACACAAUCGAAUUACAAUGAACUUGUCACAACGCACGCUCAGGUAGAUCUAUCCGUGGAUUUUGAGAAUCGACUCCUGGGUGGAAGGGUCAUCUUAGAUCUUGCAGCUAUAAAUGAGACACCUGUUUCGGAAGUCAUACUCGACACAAGCUAUCUGAAAGUCCGUGAAGUAGGAGUCAACAGUCGCCCAUGUGAGUGGAAGGUCCUACCUCGCAGCGAGCCACUUGGCAGUCCCUUGAAGAUCAGUCUGGAGAAGGCUGUCAGCAAAGAACGUCAAUCUGGAGACAAUAGUCUCUAUUCAUUUCGUCAAGACAUUCCAAUUCCAAGCUACUUAUUUGCAUUGGCGAGCGGCGAUAUCGCAAAAGCGAGCAUUGGUCCAAGGAGUACUAUUGCUACAAGCCCAGAGCUCCUCGAAGCUGCUAAAUGGGAAUUUGAGCAAGACACUGAGAACUAUAUUCAGAGUCUUGAGAGGAUUGUGUACCAGUAUCAAUGGUCUGAAUACAACCUUCUGGUCCUCCCCCCAAGCUUUCCUUAUGGCGGCAUGGAGAACCCUGUCUAUACCUACGUAACGCCAACGACCGUGUCAGGAGAUCGAGAGAAUGUAGAUGUCGUGGCACAUGAGCUCAGCCAUUCAUUCAGCGGGAAUCUUGUCACAGCGGCGACGUGGGCUGACUUUUGGUUAAAUGAGGGUUGGACCACCUACCUUGAGCGGCGAUUGCAAGCUGCACUCUUCGGAGAGCCACACCGUGAUUUCUCUGCUAUCAUCGGAUGGAAAGCACUGUGCGAAUCCGUCAAAGAAUUUGGUGACCACCAUGAAUUCACCAAGCUCAUUCCAGACGUAUCGGGCAAGGAUCCAGACGAUGCAUUUUCCACUUGCCCAUAUGAGAAAGGCUACACGUUCCUCUCGUAUCUCGAAUCACAGGUGGGAAAGGAGAAAUGGAACCAAUACAUCCCACACUAUUUCACUACCUUUGCUCGCCGCUCGCUUACAUCCGAUGAAUUCAAACAAGAUCUUCAUACGUUCUUUGCUUCUGAUUCGGCUGCAACUGCCAUGCUCAACGCUGUGGAUUGGCAUCAAUGGUUCUAUAGUCCUGGAUUGCCGCCGAAACCGACGUUCGAUACGAGCUUGGCGGACGUCUGCUACUCUCUUGCUGCACAAUGGGAGCAGAUCGGCAGCAGAGUUUUCAAGCCAUCUCAGGACGAUAUAGCGGGAUGGAAAGCAAACCAAGUGGUUGUGUUUUUGAACGCUGUCCAGGAUUUUGUCGAACCCUUGGGUGAAGAGAACGCACAAAAGAUGGGCGAGACUUACGGCUUCUUCAAAAGUAGCAAUACUGAAAUCACAGCAAGGUACUUCGGAGUCGGCUUGAGAAGUCGGGCCAAAGUGGUCUACCAACCCACGGCAGACCUGUUAGGAGAUGUUGGGCGAAUGAAAUUUAUCCGGCCGCUGUACAAACAAUUAAACGCGGCAGAUCGCGAGCUUGCCCUCGCAACAUUCGAAAAGAACAAAGAUUUCUAUCAUCCUAUUUGUCGAUCACUCGUUGAGAAAGAUCUUGCGGUGAAACGAGACCAAUGA